AUGGAUGGGUAUCCGACGGGAAGUCUGGACCAUAAUGUCCCCCUUUUAGUGGCUGCCGGCCUCAACAACGAAACAAACGAGCUCCCGCUGAGCGUAGAGCUCAAGGAGCAGAGCAUCAUCCUCCGAUCAGAGAUACCGCCUGUCGAUGGCAAGAACGCCGAAGUUCUGUCGCAGUACUUCAAGGAUGUCGAUGCGAGCGCGAAGUCUUGGAGCGUCUUUGAGAGGAAUGAGCCGUAUAGAUUUCGGGUCAGGGCCACGGGGAGGUCUUUCUUACUACCACCGCGACGAGCUCGUCUUCCCGAUGGUAUCGAGCCGCUCAGUGAACAUCCGACGCUUCACUCACCCUUUUCGCCUCUAAGUCCUGUAUCGACACUAUACCCCGAUGGUCUGAUUGAUGCGCAAUGGAUCAAGAAGCACCAGGACCUUGUUCCUAGUGUAUACUUGUGCUUCUAUCCUCUCACGAGCGAUCCUAAUUCCAUGACACUGCAAGACAACCACAUCAAAUCCGAUAUCAACAACCUCAAGGGCGCUUUGAUACGGUCGGGAUACAAGACUCGACUUGCGAUUGCACUGAUUGCGAACAGCGAAGACGCACCCCCCCCAUUGGCUGAGGGUAUUCAAGAGAGACUGGAAAACAUACGGAGAGGAACAGCCUUGGAUCCUAAGUCGGUCUUUUACAUUCCGUCGCAAGAGUCACAGGAUGAUUUGAAACAAGUAGUCGAUAACAUACUGAGUAUUCUAUAUACAUCAGCUGUGGAGUACUACCGAGACUUAGGACGGCAUGCCAGGAAGAAGCGAUCUCGCGGAAUAGCGCCUCAACCGACGGUGCCACCAACGACAGGAACUUCACAGACGCUGUCGCUAUCAGACUGGAACUUCAGAUAUGACAUCAAGUCAGCCGUUUUUGCAGAAUUUCGACAAGAAACAGAUGCUGCACUGCGCUUUUUCGAACAAGCAUACGAGGUGCUCUUAGGACAGGAUGUGCUGGACAUUAUCCCUAGUUGGAGCCCACGUUGGAAUGAGGCACGACUCUUGGCGGAUGUCAUAGCAAUACGGUGUUUGAGAUGUCACUUGUGGAUGGGGCAGACGACUCUGGCAGUCCGAAAGUGGCAUUCGCACAGAGAACGAAUCGCGGACCUCGUUGAUCGUCGCGGAAGGGGGACCAACAAUUAUGGAUGGCAAGCUUGGGAAGCUCGAUGGGCUACGGUCAUGGCCAAUCUGAUCGACCGGGUAGGCUUGCCAGCUUUGGCUCCAGCGACAGGGGCAAUCUUUGUUCCGCAGGACAAAUCUGUCUCGGGCGAGAGAGUUUCACCCUGGGAAUUGUUACAUCACACGGGCUACUGGCAUCGAAUAGCGGCUCGACACAUUGUGGCUCGACGAAAGCUGGCAUAUCAAAUGCCAGAGGAUGAUAGGCACUCACCCGACACAUCCCCUGCAUCAGCGGUAGCCAGUAAGGCCUUCGCAUACGACACAUACAUGUGCCCGGAGCCCUACCAAGAAUACCCGAUCUCACGGAAAGGAGUGAAUCAUGCCCAGCUGGUUAUCGAUUGUCUCAAGGCGGCGAGUGCAGAGUUUCGAGCCCGCAAGCAAAAGCGACUGGCGACCGAGUUAUCAUUAGAAUGUGCAAGGGAGUUUGGCAACAUGGAGGAAUGGGACGCUGCGGUUGAGAUGCUACUACCUUUCUGGGAAGAUGUCGCAUUUCGAUCAGAGGGCUGGAUCAACAUAUCAGAGGAUCUGUGCCUGAGCAUGCGGCGGAUUGCUGUGGGAGCUAAUCGUGCCGAUUUGGUAGUUGCUGCAGACUGGGAGUUGAUGGGUAACCAAUAUGUGCGACAGCCCCAGUGGCAUUAUGAUAUUUCCAAGUCGCUUCAAGGCAUCACGACCGAGGAGAAGCCCUCGAUUAGUUUGAGUGAUGAAAAGUCGGGCUCGUUCGUUUCAGCAUCUUUUGUAUUCAGGAACAAGGAGGGAAAGGCUGGCGAGAUGUGUAGCGCACAACUUGCAAUCACCUCGCAUACGUUUCUGGAUGCUGCUCCGAUCACAUUCAGCUCACUGAAAGUCGAGUUUGAUGGAAGUCUCAAGCCAAUACUACUUGAACAUGAGGCUAUUGGAGAAUCACCACCAAUGACGGGAUGCUUUAUACAAUCACUGUCGUUGAAAGAAGAUUAUGCUGAAGGGUCAGAGGACGAGCUGCCGACAUUGUCAAAGGGACAAUCUGAUUUAACACUCCGACCUGGUCAGACUCGGGUGUUCGAGAUGAACAUACCCCUGAGAGAGCCAGGCACUGCUACAGCGGCGUCUGUUACAAUCUCUCAUAGCAACGACAGCUUCGACCUCGACUAUAAACUGAACAUCCGUCCUACAGACCCUGUCGUUGGCUGGUACAUUCAGGGUUCAUCAAAACCUAGGAGUACACGCCCGGAAGCAGGCACCAUACAGAUCCAGCCUCGGCCGCCCAAGAUGCAGAUCAAACUCUUGGAGCCCCUCGCCCAGUACCAUGCGAACGAGGCAAUCGACUUAGAAGUUGAGAUACUCAAUGCUGAGGAUGAAUCCGCUACUGCCAAAUUGGACAUUCAUCUAUUUGGAGAGGAAGUACCUGCAGUCACCGUGGAAGCGGGCGAACAUGAAGGUACUGCAGAGGCAUCAACGGAAGAGUCCAAGAUCUCAGGGCUUGCGUUAGGUGCGAUAAAGAGCAUGGCAUCAGUCAAGCUCGUGCUACAUAUUGACGCCCCGUCGGCUCCUACGACACUUGACCUGCACUUGAGGACGUCGUACCAUCUAGACUCGGAUGUCGCAACCCCGAUCAUGCAGAUGUUGACAGUCCAACUCAACGUUGUGAACGCGUUUGAAGCGAAUUACGAUUUGGUCCCACGCCUUCACCCAGGGCCAUGGCCAAGUCUUUUCGAUUCCGAAGGGCUCGGUGAUACGGAGGAAGGUGUAGCGAGAGGCUUUGCACAACAGUGGUGCUUGCUAUGUCACUACGCAUCAUUCGCCCAAGAAGAUCUGAAAGUGCUUGGGAUGGAACUCAACGUGGUGUCGUGCGUUGGUGGUGCACGAUGCAACGUAACUCAGGGGCCAAAUGUAUCACACGAAGGGGUAGUUGUUACACCCAAGACGAUGCACGAAGCACAGUUUGAUUUGGUAGCCCAGAAACUUACGAUGGAAGAUCGACACCCCGUCACAGUCGAGCUGGCCUUUGUUAUCCGAUGGCAACGCCAGGGUCGCAGCGACGGACCAGUCAACACAACAGUAAUGCCAGUUGGUAAAUACCUUGUACUGGGCACAGAGCCGCGAGUGUUGGCAUCUGUGUACCACACCCCGGAGAUAGAAGAUGAUAUGCCAGGGCUUCUGCAGCUGGACAUGACAGUCGAGAACCCGUCGAAUCAUUUCCUCACGUUUGGUCUCGGCAUGGAGCCGAGCGAGGACUUUGCGUUUUCUGGUGCGAAACAGACAACGCUGAACUUGCUGCCACAAUCAAGACGAACAACAACUUAUCGGCUGCUACCACAUGUUAGUGGAGUUUGGAUAAGACCAAAAUUGACGGUGCGAGACAAGUAUUUCCAAAAGGUACUGCGCAUAAUACCGACAGAGGGGAUGAAGAUUGACGAGGACGGGUUACUGUUGUGGGUUCCGGGAGAGGAGAAGAAAGAGGAAGAAGGCGACGAAGAUGAGAAGUCGGAGGCGCAGUGA